GUCUCGGGCCCUCAAGCGGAGCGGCGGGCGCCGGACCCCCAGGCGGAGCGACAGGUCUCGGACCCUCAGGCGGGAGCGGCGGGCGCCGGACCCCCAGGCGGAACGACAGGUCUCGGGCCCCCAGGCGGGCGGGCGGGCACCGACCCCCAGGACAACAGGUCUCGGGCCCGAGUCAGGCGGGCGGGACCGCUGGCCCCUGGGACAGACAUUGGAUCGUCUGGCGGACAGCGGGGGCAUCGGGUCACCAGGCAUCAGGUCAUUUGGCUCCCCAGCGGGCACCGCGUCAUCUGGCAAGGCAGUGGGCUCCGAGUCAACUGGUAUGACAGUGAGCGGACCCCGGGUCAUUUGGCUCGACAGCGGGCACCGAUCAGGCCGGACCCCCAGGGCGGAUCAUCUGGAUCAACAGCGGGCAUCGAGUCAGGAGGAGCUAAUAGGAUCGUCAGGCUGGAUCAGUUCAUCAUGCCGAGUAGAGGCUUCAGGCUGAAUGCCGGCGUCCGGCCGAGUAGAGGCAUCAGGCCGAGUAGAGGCUUCAGGCCGAGUAGAGGCUUCAGGCCGAAUAGAGGCAUCAGGCCGAGUAGAGGCUUCAGGCUGAGUAGAGGCAUCAGGCUGAGUAGAGGCAUCAGGCUGAGUAGAGGCUUCAGGCUGAACCACGGAAGGCAGGCUCACCGGUUUGGAUACUGGCAGGAUGGUAUUGGUUGGAAAGAAUUUUCGCUUUUUUCUGGUUUUAACUACUGGAGCACUGCAAGUAAACGCAGGUCUGCAAACGAAUGGAGCAGCUGGGACAGAGAAGAACUGGAGGAUGGAACAGGAGAGGGAGCGGUUGCUACAGAGGGCUCUUUUACAGGGUUAAAGGCAGGAUAGGUGCAGCGAGUGGGAACAGGGUACUGACAUGCGGUAGAUAG